AUGUUAGGCGGAGGCUGGGCGCGUUGCGUGCGGAAAGGCGGGCGACGGGCCCAGGAGGCCGCGGAGCACAGCGAGCAGGCGACGCUCCUCAGCGCCGGCGAGGCCCCGGCAUGGCCGCGGGGCGGGCGCAGCGAGCAGGACCGAGGCCGCCGGGGCGGGUCGGCGGCGGGGGAGGGGCUGGCGCGGCGCCUUCUCUGCUUCUCCGCCCCGCUCGGAAGCGGUCUCCACACUCAAGCUUCGGCACUCUCCACUCUCCACCCCCUUCUCCUCCUUCCUCUUCCUCCCACGGGCUCCAGUGUCACCUCCCUGCCGCCUAGGCCGCGGGAACCUGCAGCGGGCAGCGAAGACACAGGAGGAAGCGCUGACCGCGGCGGCUGCGGCAUCCAAUAUGGCGGACGCGGUCGAGCCGCGCACUCAGAGUCCGCGGCGCCGGCCAGCGCGCCCCCUGGCGACCAGGCCGCGCGAGGCCCGCGGCCGCGCCAGACCAUAGAGACGGCGCGGGCCAGAGCGGCCGGAGUAGCUGCGGCGGGAGCGGGGGAACUCGGGCCCUGGGCUGCCCGCGUCCCCGGCCGCGGGAGCGAUCGCUGCGGACGGACGGAGGGGCUCCCUGUGGCUGAUCCUGCGGAUGAGCGCUGCUCUGAGAAGAACUCCAAAAUCCAGGGAAAGAGACCGGAUGGAGGAAACUACGGUGUCUCCGUUGCCGCUUCCCGGUGGGAUGGCGCCUGCCGUGGAGGCGGGGUUGAAGUGCCUUUGAGAACUUUAGCGGGUAUUGACUUAGUUCCUCGUCGCCACCGUGUGCUCCGAUCGUUCUGGCGGCGAGGAGCAAACGCUGCACACAAAAGCUGACUCGGGACGCGUGCAGCCGCCGUGCGGGAAAUGAAGCGAGUUAUUCCCAAGGAAUUUGACCCCAGGUUAUCGGAGCAGAGGAUGAUUGCGGAUUUUAGGAUCUAGACGUGUUACUGGUGAAACCGCUGCGUGCUUGCUUGAAAUUAAACCGGGCCGGAGUAACGAUUGGUCCCA